AGUGGCCGCAUAUUGUCCCGGAGACAGAUGGUUUCUGUCUUGAUUAAGUUUUAAUUUUCCGACGGGAAAAGCUCACAGCAGUUUUGCUCCUCGGAGUGAUCCCACUGUGUUCACAGACCAACACAUCUCUAACAUCACAUCCUGCCUGAGAGCUACAGUAACUUCAGGAAGAAGAACUGAUGUGUGAAACUGCAGGUUUUCGCUGAGCUGACGUGUUGACUGUCAUCUCCUUCAGCUGGGGCGUCAUUAGGUGAUUGCUUUUUUUCUUUUCUUUUCUUCUCGCUUUUACUCUGAAUUGAGGUAGAAAAUUUCAAACUGGAGGAUCACACAUAGGUGUCAAACUUUUGCAUCCUUGCUGAGGCGUUCGUCAGAUGGUAUGCAUGAUGUAAACACAGACACCGAUGGCGCCAGCAGGGGAUUAUCAUGUACAUCAAUAACCCCAGCAGAGGCAAGAUGGAACUGAACACAUCGGCUCGGCCAUUACACUGGGGUCUCCUGAUUUUCUGUAUAGUAAGCCUCUGCAGCCAGCUAGUGUCCACUGGCAACCAAAGCUCCCGAGGACAGACAGGGUCAUCCCAGGAGAGGACAGGGACUUGUGAAGUGGUUGCUGCUCAUCGUUGCUGCAAUAAGAACAAGAUUGAAGAACGCUCUCAAACAGUCAAGUGCUCCUGCUUCCCAGGACAGGUGGCGGGGACAACAAGGGCUUUGCCCUCUUGUGUUGAAGCCUCCAUUGUGCGUCAGAAGUGGUGGUGUAAAAUGGAGCCCUGUCUGGAGGGGGAGGAGUGCCGAGUUCUCCCUGACCUUACUGGCUGGUCAUGCAUCUCUGGGAACAAAGUAAAGACAACAAAGGUGGCGCGGUAGCAAGACAGAAGCUCCAUCUAAUUAGUACAAGCCCGUCCCGGACUGCAGCAGUCACCUCAUCUAACACCGGACUCCGAGGACAGUGAACACCCCAUCAGAUAGAGCGAAGAACAAUAUAGAUUUAAUUAGAUAUCUCCUGGCUGAGUUUUAAACUGCAGGAACUCAUUAUUAAUUUCCUUUGGCUUGAACACAAUUUUAGUUGGGGUUAAUCCCAUGGAGUGGACAAUCUAUUUGCAAUUGACUUAAGAUAAAAUGAUGCAGCACCUUUUUCCCAGCCUGAACAGACAAGCGACUGCAAAAGUCUGUACCAUUGUUUCAGUGCUUGAUAUGCAGGGCACAUUGUGAUGCACUCAAUCAAAGUUUGGAUGGGCCUGCUGGCAGACACUUAAAAAGAGAUUUUGUGGAUUUUCAUGAGGCAGAAUGUGAAUCCAGUCAGUGGCUUGUGACACUCUCUGCCGAUCAAAGCACAGGACCACAAAUACUGAGAAAUUUAUGAUUAUGUAGCAUUUGUAGACAAUGCUGUCCCACAGACGUACUCUGAGUUUUGUAAAGAGGUCAGAUCCCUUUGGAAUAGUCCUUACCACAAAGAAGCACUCUCAAAAACACAUGCACACGAAUGAACGAACGCACACACGCAUGCACAUGCAUGCACUCACACGCACGCACGCACACACACACACACACACACAUACAUACGCACCCACACACACACACAGAGGCUGCUUUUCGACUCCACUGGUUGGACAGGCCACCACCUGCAACGCUGUGAUGGCAUGCACACAAGCAUGAAGCCCUGAUGCAAAACAAAGACUGUUUGAAAUGCUAAUCAUGGGGAGAAAGGGGAGAGAGAAGAGAAGAGGAGCUUCUUCACUGCUGAGAGUAUUUACAUCAUGCUUUUGUUUGUCUCUCUAAACUGAGUACUCCUGUGGAGGGGACUCCGCUUAUAGUAAUGAUGGGAAAUAUUGGAGUUUCUCUGCCUUGAAGCAAAUUGUAGCUACUAACAGAACAGAAUGUUUACCAUUAUUACCACUUCAUCAGUUGUCCUCUUUACAUGAAUAAUAUUCUCCCUCAUCCCUGAUUGCCUCUCUUUUAUCGCUUGAGUUCAGCCAAACAUUUUGCUUUUUACCUUUGUAAUGAAGAAACAUUUUAUAAUAACAGGAAUACAGCAACUGCAAAUCAUCCCAUCUGAAGCAUCAGAUUUGUAUGAAUGCCACACGCUGUGCUGGAUGAAAGCAGCUGAAUUCUAAACAGUUUGCACAGCGUUUACCUAACGCAAUUAUGCAUUAUGAUCGUUUUUGUUGUGAGAAGAUUCCUCACUGAGCUGUCAUGCAGUCCAAGGCAAUUUACGCAUGGGCUUGCUUUGUAAACAUUCAAGUUACAAUUAUUAUUUAAUGUUUGGAGUGUUGUGAAUGUUGUCAAAAUGGUAAAAAAGAAAUCAUGUUAUUCUAAUAUUCAUUUCAUGAUACUCAGUUGUGCCAGAUAUUUUAGAAAACCACUCACUUAAAUCUGAUGUCAUCCAGAGUAAUAUACCCUAAGUGACUUUUCGUAGGUUCACUGAAAGCUUAUUACACAACUAAUUGUUCUUGUAAAUGCGGUGAUUGUGUUCAGGAGCUUCGUAAACACCCGUGUCUCGAUUAUAUCUGUGUGCCGUAUCGUAGCCACUUCUAUAAAACCAUCAGGAGCGGGAUGCAGCUGACAACAGUAUUAUAAAAGAAAAGAAGAAUGGUGCUUCAACAUUAAUGUUUACAAAAGACCUUGGGUGUUUUAAAAUGCAAUACAUCUAUGUAGAGGACGGACACAACAAUAGAAACUCUCUACUAUAUUAUGCAAUCCACUCCAGCAAUGCCACCAGCUACUUUAUGGCAUCAAAAUGAAAUUACCUUAGAUUUAAGAUUAUACCCUUCUGACAUAAUUCAUGUUAUUACACUGUGCAGGUGGUCAUGUGAUUUUGUACAACCUGUAUAGAGGAAAGCUUCUUAUAAAAUUGUUCAGUAUUUAUUGUAAGAAGAUUCAGACCAGACGAAUAGACUUAACCAGACCAGAUGAAUAGACUCAAAAAUGUAACUCCACCUUUUAGCUGUUUAUAAGUUUUCAAGCAAAAAUACUAACCAAUCUCUGUUCUUGAUCUCUGAUUCCCUUCUUUCCUUUGUCUUAUGUCAUCAUUAACUCAGUAUGUUUUCAUUUUGGUGAGUUGGUCGGACAAAAAUAUCCAAACUGAAGACAUCACCUCGGGCUUGAUGGGAAUCUAUCACAGUUUUCUGGCAACCUAUACACCAAAAGAUUAAUCAAAAAAAUAAUGGGUAAAUAAAUCAAUAAUGACAAUAAUGAUUGCAGUUACAGCCCUAAAGUUUUUCAUGGUUUUUUCAUGGUUUUUGUUUUUGUUCAGCUUCUCUUUAAUGCAGGCACACUGUUGAUGAUGCCUGCCA